AUGGAAAGAAGAAGAAAGCCUAGUCAUAGUAGCAGCGCCAAAGGAAGCACCGCCACAGAAGAUGAUUUAGCCAUGGUGAAAGCAGCAGCAUGGGCAUGGUAUGAACGUGGAUCCGGGUCGGAAACCCGUACCAUUCGAGAGUCCGAUCAUCUUUCCGCCAUUCCUAGAAGCAGAAGAAGAGAUCCAAAACCAACAAGGUACAAACUUGAAGCCAUGAGAAACUCUUCCUCCGCCCAAGAAAAGAAACAAGUACUACUAACACCACCUCCGCUUAGUCCGGUUAGUAGUAACAAUGAUAGCGAGAUAUCGGUUUCGAAUUCGCUUCUUGAUGAUUACGAGAUUGAAAGGAUAUCAAAGCAACUUGAUCUUUACAUUGAAUCAAGCCGAGCUGAAUAUUUAAUUAGUAGUAAUGUUCUUCGUAGUAGUAAGAACAAAGUCGCUUCCUUAUCAGAAAGCGGCACCAGCGACAAAAGAAGUAAGCCGCAGCCGAAGAAGAAGAAGAAGAAGAAAGAUUCAUCAGCAGGGUUUUGGCCGUUCAAAUAUACAGCUGUAUGUGGCUCUAGGAGUGAAGAUGUUGUUCGGAGUUUUAAGGUUAUUACAUCAUCGCGGCGGCAGUUACGGCCGGAAAAGGAUAUUGUGACGGUGGCUAGAAGUGCUUCUUCUUAUGUCAAGUCAUGA